GUUGGAUUUACGUGUACAUGCAGGCAUACAUAGAGGUAAGGCCCGUAGAUGGUGUAGAUAAAGGUGGAUAUCUAUUCGCAAUCACCUGUUACUUUCAAGUCUCCUUACCAUAUCUCGUUUUUCAAUUUGGUUCUAAGCAUGAUACUUUUCUCUGUGUACACAACUAAAAUAUUCUCAAGUUCUCAUCCAUAUUGUCCCGAAGUGGAAUGAUACAAUGGCAACAGUCCUCAUCUGAUGUAGCAUAAAAUGAGUUUUGCAGGCAGGGCAUAUGUUAUUUCCGUGCUGGCCAAGCUCGCGAAUUGGAAGUAAACACCCCACCCCACACUCAUUCGCUCAAACCCUCGGAAGCCUCCCUCCCUCCCACACCUGCCAGAUGCAUAACUCACCGACGCCAAGACCCAAAUCCCCACACCUUCUCCACGAGAUCAUCAAUACCUAGCCCUCAUCCUCACUCUCAAAGUCUCUUCUUCACCCCUCAUUCUCGGCCAAAUUCCCCAUGUCCCCCAAGCACGUAUUUCCCGUCCACCUCAUCCCGUACCCGCCAAAGCAGGAACAUCCCCCUGCUACCCCGCCUUCCCCAGUAGAUUUUCGGCAGUGGGCGAAUUAGAAGGGUGGGCGAGAGGGGCUAGGGCGAGGAUUCGGCCCGGACGGAGAUGGGAUGAACUUCACCUUCCCGUGCAGCUUGUUCCUGGCUUUGCUUGUGGAUACGCAGACUCGACACCAGCAGGUAAAUUCAUUUGACUAAAGGUUGAGGGUGAGGGUCCAGGGAAAUACUGCUUAGGUCCUUACUAUUGUGUAUAGAUUUUGUAAUUUUUGUGCAUUAGGGGAGUUGGUAUGAUGCAGAACACCUACCUUGGGUAGACUGAUAGAUGCUUUUAGGUAUAUUUAAUUAGCCUCACUCCAUUUACCAAGGUACUGUAUGUAGAUCUCCCAAGGUUGGUAGGGGGCUGGGAUGGGAUGUGAUAUAUAAACAUCCCACCUACCUUCCAUCAUCGCCAUCCUCUUCACUCUCCCACUCUCUCUUCCUUCUUCACACAACCCCAAGUCACCCUUCUCACCCCCAUCCUCUUCUCUCUCUUCCCUCUGUACCACCCUCCUCCCAUCACGAUGCAUUUCUCCCGCCUCUCUCUCCUGGCUUUACUCUCUAUUUCGUCGGCGUCCCCAACGCAUCUCUCACCUAGAGACCUGAACUCAUUUAUUGAGAGCGAGAGAGCGAUUUCGCUCCAGGGUGUGAAAGAUAAUAUUGGGCCGGAUGGAGCGAAGGUCCCUGGUGCGGGGGCGGGGUUCGUGGUUGCGAGUCCGAGUCGGGUGGAUCCACCUUACUUCUACACAUGGACCCGCGAUUCUGCACUCACCAUGAAAAUGAUCGUCGACGAAUUCAUAUUCGGCAAGACAGAACUCCAAACUUACAUUGAAGACUACAUCCACGCUCAAGCCGUGCUCCAAACAGUCGCAAACCCAUCGGGUACUUUCCUUCCAGCUGGUCUUGGUCUCGGCGAGCCAAAGUACCAAGUCGAUGGAACGAGAUUCAACGGUGCAUGGGGACGACCUCAACGUGAUGGACCUGCACUUCGCGCAAUUACCCUCAUCACCUACAGCAACUACCUGAUCAAAAAUGGACAAUCCAAGAAAGCCCGUGAGAUCAUUUGGCCCAUCAUCUCAAACGAUCUCUCAUACGUCGGUCAAUACUGGAACAGCACCGGGUUCGAUCUCUGGGAAGAAGUCCAAGGCUCUAGCUUCUUUACUGUUCAGAACCAACAUCGUGCUCUGGCUGAAGGAGCACAGCUCGCUAAAUCUCUUCGAGUCACUUGUACGGGAUGUGAUCAAGCUCCUGAGGUGCUCUGUUUCUUGCAAAGUUUCUGGAACGGGAAGUACAUUGUGUCGAAUAUUAAUGUCAAUAAUGGACGUACGGGAUUGGAUGGGAAUUCGAUUCUAGGUCCGAUUGCGGUGUUUGAUAUUGAUGCUUAUUGCGACUCCCCAACCUUCCAACCCUGCAACAGCAAAUCCCUAUCCAACUUCAAAGCCCUCAUCGACUCCUUCCGCACAGCCUACACCAUCAACGCCGGCAUCGCCGCCAACAAAGGCGUAGCAGUAGGCCGCUACACCGAAGACAUCUACCAAGGCGGCAACCCCUGGUACCUAAUCACCACCGCAGCCGCCGAAUUUCUCUACGACGCCGUCGCCCAAUGGAAAGCCCGACACGUCCUAACCGUCGACUCCACCUCCCUCGCCUUCUUUAAAGACCUCUACCCCACCAUCACAACCCGAGAAUACAAAUCCGGAAACGCCAACUCCCCCUUCGCGCAAAUCAUGAACGCCGUAACCGCCUACGCCGACUCCUUCGUCGAGAUCGCCCAGAAAUACACACCUGCAGACGGCUCCCUCGCCGAGCAAUUCAACCGUGAUACAGGCGCACCCUUGUCGGCCGAAGAUCUCACCUGGUCCUACGCAGCAUUCAUCAGCAUGGCUGAGCGACGCGCCGGCCAAUUCCCACCAUCCUGGAACACGCGACGCAUCGCCCCCUCUCCAUCAACCUGCUCCUCGUCCUCCACGACCGGCGUCUACAUCCCCGCGACCGCAGCCGGUGCGCCGAACGUCACAACAAGCUGCCAGAUCAGCAUCGUCUUCAACGUCAACGCUAGCACCUAUUUCGGGGAGAACAUCUAUGUUUCUGGCUCGAGUCCUGAUUUGGGGGAGUGGCAGUUUGGGAAUGCGAUUCCGUUGGGGGCCGGCGCGUAUACGUCUGAGAGGCCGCUGUGGAGCGUGAGUACGUACUUGGAGGCCGGGAAGACGGUGCAGUAUAGGUAUGUGAGGGAGCAGAAUUGUGGGCAGGCGCCUUUGGUGGAGAGUGUGAAUAGGACGUUGGUUGUGCCGGCUUGUGGGAGUGAGAAGGUUACGAGGGAGGAUGCUUGGACGGGGCCGGUGGGGACGAGUGGGAAUUGUUAGGGAGGCGGAGGGAGAGUUGUGUAGGUCGAGGUGUGGUGAGGACGAUGCGUUUUAGAUCUGCAUUUGCAUUUGCAUUUCCUGGCUUUGGACCACAAUGACGACGAAAACGAAGAUGAAGACAAAGAUGAAGAUAAUAUCUAGAUCAUGAGUAAUUCACGAACCUUCAAAACAAGUAGAAGAUAAAAACAACACAUCCAAUACACAGCAAAUCAAUAGACAGACUCACAAAACCAUCAAGUGAACAAUGUGCACUGUACAAACUUUUUGAGUAGAUCGAUCGACCAAUCGCUAGCUUGUUGACACGCUCAAAC